AUGACUACUGCCAUUACCGGAGCGCUGCUUAAUCCACCCCUACAAACAAACCCAGUGUCGAAGAACCUUGAAGAACAACCAUGGUACCAUGGUCUGCGUCCAAGACGAGAUAUAUUGUGCUUACUACGAACACCGGGAGAUUGGCUGGUUCGAUCGACAGAUUCAAGAGAUAUUCCAGAGAUCAUUAUUUCUAUACGUGUCAAGGGCCGAAGGAAGGAGCAUUCACAUUUGACAUUAAGAUACGAGAAUCACAAAUGGGUACUUAGUGCAUACAGAAAGAAGAAAGCUCCCCAAUUUGAUACGGUUGUUGACUUGGUGGAGUAUUAUACGAAACAUGAACUUCCUGGUCAUAUCGUCAUGAAAACUCCUAUAUAUCGACCGAAAUGGUUAAUUAAACAUGAUGUGGUCAAGUUUGAUAUGCUAAAGGAUUCAAUUGGAGCUGGACAUUUUUGCAAGGUAUAUCGAGGGACGUACGAACGUGAAAAGAAUGUUUUAAUUCCUGUAGCC